AUGAAAUUCGCAGCUUUAAUAUCAGGUGGGAAAGAUAGUUUUUUUAAUAUCUUACAUUGUUUGAAACAAGGUCAUCAACUUAUAGCAUUGGCUAACCUAUAUCCUAAUGACGAAGAAAUUCAAGAUUUAAACAGUUUUAUGUUUCAAACUGUAGGACAUGAUUUAAUAUCUUUAUACAGUAGGUGUUGUAAUGUGCCACUGUUUAGAAAACCAAUCAGAAUAGAUUCUUCGAUUAACAAAGAAUUAAAUUAUGUCACUGUAUCCAACGACGACGAAAUUGAAGUUUUGUAUCAAUUGUUGAAGGAGAUCAAAUCCAAAUUGCCUGAAUUACAGGCUGUCAGUGUCGGUGCUAUCCUUUCCUCAUAUCAAAGAGUUCGUGUCGAAGACGUUUGCAACAGAUUGGGACUUACCGUUUUGAGUUAUCUAUGGCAGAGAGAUCAAUCUGAAUUACUAAGUGAAAUGGUCACUAUGUCUACACUUUCUACUCAAUACGAUGAAAACGGCAGUAGUAAUAAUGAUGAUGAAGAUACAAGUGGUAAAGGUUAUUUCGAUGCAAGGUUGGUUAAAGUGGCUGCAAUUGGAUUGAAUUCUCGUCAUUUAAAUAUGACUCUGCCACAGAUUCAGCUUAUUAUGAUGAAUUUGAAUAAUAAAUACGAGGUCAAUGUUUGUGGUGAAGGUGGUGAAUUCGAGACUAUGGUAUUAGACUCGCCGUUUUUCAAAGAUGGUUAUUUGAAAUUAAAAAAUAUGGAGAUUACAUCUGAUUCAAAGGAACAGAACAAUGGGGUUUAUAAUGCUAGAUUGAUUGUAGACUAUCAACCAAGACAAGUGUCUGAUAAUUUUUUUAAACAUGAAUUGGAAAGAUUGCCUGAACCAGCUUUGCUAGAUGAGAAAUGGCAAGAAUUGUUAGAUAAUUUGAAAAAUAAUGAUACCAUCAGUAACUUGGUUGAAAAGCUUGCAUCUGUUGAACUAACCACUUUAUCGAUUUUACCAUCUUCGUUACCAUCUGAUUACAAAUUUAUUCCAAAUGUGUCUGUUGUAGAAGUUAACGAUCUUCUUUAUAUCUCGAAUUUAACUUCCACACUUCCAUUUAUUGGAAAUGAUAAUUUACAAUAUUCUUUAGAGGCACAUAUGUUGAAUAUUUUUAAACAAUUGGAACACAUUUUGGCAUCUAGAGCAUUAUAUCCAUGCCAAAUAAUUUCGUCGUCCUUGCUUUUAACUAAUAUUGAAGCCUUUAAUAGAAUAAAUAAGAUUUAUUCCAAAUGGUUUGAUACACAAAAAUGGGGCCCUCUUCCACCAGCUAGGGCCUGUGUUGGAUCUGACCUACUGGGCCAAGAAAAUCCGAUUCAACUAUCUGUGAUUAUAGACCUAAACUCAAGUAAAAUAUGUGAAUAUCAAGAUGGUAAAAUCAAAAUGAAUAAAAAUAAAAAUGGUUUGCACGUUCAAAGUCGAUCAUACUGGGCACCAUGUAAUAUUGGCCCUUAUUCCCAAGCUACGUGGCUAAAUAGCGAUCAGGCAAAUAAAGUUGCUAGAAUUAGUGGGCAGAUUGCUCUGAUACCCAGUUCAAUGGAAAUGUUACCAAAAAACGAUUACUUAACACAGGCUGUGUUGUCUUUGAAACAUUUCAAUACUGUGAAAGAAACAAUUGGCACUGAAAAACAAUUAUUUAUGACUUGUUUUGUACGUGAUGCAAAUAUGAUAGCUAUCAUAUCUAAAACAUGGUCAUUAUAUUGUCGCGAAAUGUCAUUAAAAUCUUCAUUAUGGUUUGAUAAGGAGGAUGAACAAUUAGAAAGUUUGAUUAUUGUUAAAAUCUCUGAACUACCAAGGAAUGCACUAUGUGAAUGGGGUGGGGUUGCAUGUGAAUCUUUAUAUAUUGAAGACAUCUAUGACGAUUGUUCUGAAGAUGAACAAAAAGAAGAAGAGGAAAAAGAAGAGCCAAGUAAAGAAAUGGAUUCAAAUAUUGCCGCCGAAAUGGGUUUAUAUAAUGAUAUCGCUGUAUCAAAGGGUACAAACCACAGACAUUUUGUCACUGGGUUCUGUAAUGACGACAAUGCGAUCAUAUUAUUUUUAAAUAGAAUUAAAAAUGGCCACUUAACUUUAUAUUUUAACCCAAGUAAAUGCGGUUCUUCUUCUUCUUCUUUAGUUUUGAAUCAGUUAUAUUCUAAGACUAAUCUUGAAAUGUAUCCGGUAGAGAAAGUUUACGACUAUCGAGGUAAUGAAUAUAAAUAUGGUUAUCAAUACUUCUAUUAA